AUGUCUCUACGGGGACCCAUGAAGCACUCGCACCUGAGACAGGUGAGUGCUGCCAGUCUAGAGACUCUCUCUACCACUCGUUCCCUUGCACUAUCUCAGACCGAUGGCCAGAGUGAUAAACCGUCGACUCCCGAUGAAAGGACAAUCCGGUUAUCUUCUACUGGCUUGGAUCGUCGCCAAUGCUCGCUCUGGGUUCAUGAUGAGACUUUCUCCAAGGAGGAAAUCCUGUUCAAUCAGGCCGCCUUCAUCGAUAUGGGCGUGGAAGUUGGCGAUGUGAUCGAGAUAUUACCUGCUCGGUGUCCCGGAGAUGGCACACAUUCAGCUAAAGCAGAUCUCGGAUCGAGAUCUUUGCGCGAUAGCCACGUUGAAUCGAGCUCCACGCUUCAUUCAGACUCAAUGUCCAAGUUUAAGACCCCGCUGCAAAGUCGAUGCCUCUUCGUGGUUAAACCUAUGCCACAAGAGAUAAAGACACGAAUUCCCAAGCUAGAGCUUUCGGUCACCACCAGUAUCGCCAACAUAUUCGGGUUCAAGAACCGGACAACCGUCCAUAUCUCGAUUGUAGACCGUGCUCAAUGCGCUGCCUCUCAUGUUGAUAUUUCCUUCCGUGACCAGUAUAUGGUCAGGUCUGACAUGUGGAGGUUGGUCAUGUCGGAGCUUGCAGAGAGGAUUGUUUACAAAGGACAGAAAAUCGUAUUCACUGGUAGUAUCAAGGCAACUGUAAAAAACAUCUUUAUUCGUGGCAAAAAGGUCCUCUCAGGGUUUUUCUCGCCCCAAACCAUACCAGUGUUUCGCAGCGAAUCGGCGAAGUACGUCCUGUUCAUCCAGAUGUCAAGGGAAAUGUGGAAUUUCGAUUCGGAAGGCACUGGCGACAUUCUAUUUAGCAGAGUUAUCAAUGGGUUUCUCCCUGAGUUGUUUAAACGGUGGGUCAAUUCAGAUGCAAGGCAUCUGGUGACCAUCGUAUUAUUCACGCGGGUUGAGUACGAUGCAUCGGCCAUUGCCUCUUCCACUUUCAGUUCGGAGAAUCUGACGAGCAUGUUCGGCCCGAACCACGUUCCCACAAGAGACUUCUAUCGGGUAGUGGUCAAUGACAUGGCGAGUGGCCAUUGGACUACUAUCUUGGAUGAACUAAAGAAGGAUUUCAGGACCUUCCUAAGGGACGUAUCAAUACUCAAUGUACAGAAUGCAGAUACUCCAACAGUCAACGCAACUGACGCACCUAAAUCCCAGCCGGCAACCAUUGCAGGGCGGCCAAGCACCGCCCUCCGUGGAAACAUACUCGAAGCUAUCCAUCUUGCAUCUUCACAUCUAGCAUUCGACCAUAUUGACCGUGAUAUGGUUCAUACAGGCACUUCAAUCAUAGUCAUUACGCCUGGAAGCGGUGUUUUUGAAGUAUCAUACGAAUCAUUAGCCUCCACUACUGAAGCACUCACGAACCGCGGAAUCGCCAUUGAUCUUGUCUGUCUUAGCCCUAUGCCUCUUCACUCCGUGCCUCUGUUCAAGUAUCGGGAGCCAGCUCAGAGGCCUACUACUGCCACAUUCGGUGAUAUCCAGCAUGGGGGUAACUCUCCUGAAAUGCGCCAUUCGUUUGCGAGCUUAUCAAGUAAGACGCCGCACCUUUCCCCGAAGUCAGCUCUCCUGGAUUCAUUCACAGGGAUGAGCUCGAAAUCAAAUUGGUCUGGUCGGUCAAAUGAAUGGAGUUAUGGGAUUCCCCACUGGCUUGAUAUAUCAUAUUGGAACCCUGAAACCUACAGAGAGUCUCGGCGUAUCCUGAAAAAAGACCCCAAUGCGCCUAUUCCAUUCACUGUCACUAAGCAGUCCAAAGUUUUUGUUCCGCGGGUGCGGAUGUUUGAAAUUCAAAUGAUGGGCGUGAUGGAGAGUGAACAAUCAAAUAUAUCAAUUCCCUACCUCUCAGAGGGGCAGAGUAUCUCUAGAGCUGCCAGUUCUGUCCUUGGUUCUAGUCCAGGUAGUCUUGUUCCCCCUAAGGCUACUUUCAGGCGCAAUUCUCCUUUCCGACAUCAAUUGAGCGACAGUCUCCGGCCGGAGCCGUUCCUUCACAAUAUAGCAAGCUCAAAGGAUGCAAUGCUUGCUAUAUCAAAGAAAACGCCAAAAACGGUGCUAUCCUGGAUGGACAAUUAUGACGAAAAUGUGUUCCAGCCUUUUAGAAAAAGGCGACAUCGCCGGAAGCCGUCCAAGCUUAAAAGGCCUAGUGAGCCAGAAGUGAACGCAUCUAAUGCACAUGAAAGGAUUUCUGCUAGAUCUAUAUUGCGUCUUAGGGAAAACGAGAGUACUCGUUCAGCAUCGCGACAACUCGACAUCCCACUUCCAGCCCCUAAAAGCCCUGUGUCUACGAAAAGCGCUUCUCCCAAGAAACCAGCCCUAAAAAGCUCCUCCAAAGCAAAGUUGCCGCGUAUAUCGCGCACAAUCAGCUUCGCUCUUCGUGGCCUCAGUUCUACCCCUCCUAGAGCUCAGGCUAGCACAGAAGUAAAUGUUGAGCACGCCAGAGGCUUGCCAACAUCAAAUUCAAGGAAAUUGUCGGGUGUUCUUGCAGACAAUAGAAGCGUGGAUUCUUUGAGUGCAUCAGAUAGUGCAUCGACCGUAAUCGACCUGGCCCCGUCCCCAGAAACACUCCAAAAGCCAAUCAAGAGCACGGCUAUUACGCCAUCAAGACCGAUAUCGAUCAAAGUGCCUCCCAAACAGCCACUCCAAGACACAGAGCAGCAAGGACGUCCAGCCAUACCGGAGUCGGUCUCGACUACAACUACCGAGAUCCCUCUAGGCGAGGACACUCGCCUUACAGCUCAACCAAGACGGCAUGGGCCUAAAUUCGAGGUAACCUUGAGUACUGGAUCGCGUAAUGGAUCCUCAAAAAGUCCACAGAGUAAGGCGUUGGCCCCUUGGGUUCGCUCAAUUAACCCCUGCAACACCCCAAGAGAAGUGUUGCGAGACACUAGCUGGUUUGGGCGCUGGCAGCAUGCUUAUCCAAGACCUCCUCAUGUUGCGGUGGUCAAAUGGAAGAGCUUGAAGUCCCCGGCUAUUCUCCCGCUAACAACAGAAGAGUUCCCCACUCCAAGUGAACUUGCAUCGGACUAUUUGCAGACUCCAUACCGUGUCUUCCCCAACGAAGACUCAGAAGGUAUUGAGGCGCCUAAAACAAGAGGCUUGCUUCUCCGGGAAAUGAUUUCACUACGGCUUUCCCAUGGGUUCCAGAUCGUUGUUGGGAAAAAUGUAGUUGAAGCUUCCGGGCAAUAUUCCCUCCAGUCACCGAACGUAUUCGACACUCAUAGUUUGGAAAGGGCCGGGGCUACUGUCUUCUUGUCCAAAGGCAACUCGAUCCAUCGACUUAUUUGUGUUGAGGGUGCGGAGAUUGAAGUCACGCGGUACACGCAUCGAACUUCCUCGCUUUUAGCAUCAGAUCAGAAGCGAAAAUUCACUCUGUAUUCUCCGGCGAUGAGAACAAUUUUAAGUCCUGAAUAUGUGGUGAAGGAUAUAAAAUUAGACUCGACGUAUGAGGAAUACAACUGGAACUACGCUGAUAAUUAUGUGGCGGGCCACCGAGACUACUUGUUCAAUGCAGCCCAACAACUCCACUUCUGGCGUGUGCGUUACGUCCUGAUCCCGAUGCGUUUGCACUUCAACUCUCGGCGCCUUCACGGAUUCAAUGAAGAUAAUGAAGAAGAAAUUCAUCUGCUUGGCAUCAACCAGCUCACACAUAUAUGGCAGCGCCACAAGUAUAUCCCUCCAGAGGAAAAGCGGUUCGAAAGCUCCAACAAGAAGAGGGAGCAGAACCCCCUCAACAUCAUGUACCAGACACGGAACCCAUCCGAGGUCAUCGCGGCUGAAUUAGACCGUAUCAUACUUGUGGAUCCCGGGCUAGACUCAUCCCCUGCACAGCUACUUCCAGAGUCAGAACUACUCGAGCGCUCUAGUAUCAGUCUAUCAUCCUUGGCGCAGAUAAUCCAGGGUGAAAAGGGAGUGAGGAUGAUGGAUCGAAGGUGGCACUGGCGGCUGCACUACAACUGUUUCAUUGGUUUCGAAUUUACGACUUGGCUGCUCCAAAACUUCCGCGACAUUGACAGCCGGGAAGAGGCAGUCGAAUUUGGUAACGAGUUGAUGAAACACGGUCUCUUCCAGCAUGUAGAAAAGCGACACAACUUUCGGGAUGGCAAUUAUUUCUACCAGAUCUCUAGCGAGUAUCGUGUCUCGCGACCUGAAUCUCGUGGUAGCUGGUUCCCCCAAAUACGGCCGGAUAAGUCAGUUCCUUCAACUCCGGCGGGUGAGGCCGCGAAAGGCUCACCUAUAAGUGGUCAUACUCGCACCGAUAGCGUGGAGGAUAUGCAGCCGCAGACUCCUAGUACGCCGUCAAAAUUUAAGAACAAGGCUUCUAUCACAUUGUCUAAGGCUAUGAAAUACGACGUCGACCCUCGCAAACGCUCAAAUCGCCCUGAGGUCAUUGAUCUUCAUUAUGAUCGGCUGCAUAAUCCCGAGAAUUGCUUCCAUAUAGAGCUCAGCUGGAUGAAUACCACUCCCAAACUCAUUGAGGAUACGGUACUGUCAUGGGCUUCAACGGCCGAGAAAUUUGGAUUGAAGCUCGUCCAAGUUCCCAUUGCCGAAGCCUGCGCUAUUGACAAAACCCAGCCAUUCCGGAAGCCAUACCGCAUCCAACUCAAAGUUCCUCCCCCUAAGGGCCCCAUUCCACUCCAGUGCAACUCGGAGUCAUUCUCCCAGCCGGUUACAUUGGACCAUCAGUACUUCCAUAAGGCCCUCUUACGGAAGUUCGACUUUGUCCUUGACUUUGAGGCCAGGUCCUCUUAUCCCGCAGACGUCGAAGUGUCAUAUUCCUGGGGCAUGCCUGACUACCAAUACCCUCAGUAUAUUCAUCGAUCUGGCAGUCUUCUAGCUCAGAUCACUGGCGAAGGAGAUUUCCUACUUCUUGCCAACCGACUUGUCAGCACACGCAGUGUUGCCAGUCGUGACAUGCCGAGACAUGAGCGGUUAGACCGACCUGAUCAAUAUCGAGCACGCGCAGGGACCUACGAUCCUGUGGACCGUAUCUCUCCGCGUCUUUCGCCCAUGGCUCGGCCAGUGCACGAGGUCCAUAGCCCUCUGAGCCCUCAGGGACACGCGAGCAUUGAUUCUGCAAAUCUGUACCGAGCCCCCGAACAUAUCCUUACCGGGUUUGCAGACUUCUGCAAUGAUCCGGCCAGACUCGAGCAAUUCUACAGUGAGGCACAAGUACGCGCGACUUCAACCAAAGUCGGCCCGGCGCCCACCACACUCACGGAUGCGUCCAUACCUUCUCUUGAACUACCUGCCAGUGUCGUCAGCCAUCACAUAUCGCCUCCACCUGGUCUAGCAUCAAGGUCCUCACAAAGCAUCGCCGCGCCAUUGGCUGAGAUGAGGAAUCUGUCGCGAGACGAUAGUAAUGUGUCUAAAGGCAGUCCAAGAAGCGGCAGCUUGAGACCACUUUCUCUAACAUAA